GCCUUAUUAAUUAUAUAGAGUUUGUGAAUGAUAUUGUUCCAGCUACUGCUGACUGAAUUAUCUGUGUUAUCGGUAGAUGGUUUAUCUGCUGUAAUAAGUUAGCAGCCUUUUAUGACUUUCUCCUUAUACUGUGUCUAUAGGCUAGAGGAACUUGUAAACCAGUGGAUUUGGCGGCAGGACUUCUGGCUUCCUCCUGGCGUCACAUGGAAAGAUAUCGCAGACGGGGCAUCAGAUGGAAGUCGGUAUCCCGUACCCCGUGACCUGCUCAUCUGCCUGCCCUUGGCCCUGGGUUUCAUCGCCCUGCGCUUUGUUUUUGAAAGGGUUGUGGCGUUGCCGCUCAGCCGAUGGUUGGGCGUCCGUGACAGGGUUUGGGUUCAUGUCACGCCUGUCCCGAAGCUGGAGGCGUUUUACCUCCAGAAGAAGAAGCAGCCGUCACAGAAUGAUUUAGUGGUCCUGGAGAAGCACUGCGGACUCACUCAGCGCCAAAUCCAGACCUGGCUGCGUCAGCGCCGGAACCAGGACAGACCCAGCAACACCAGGAAGUUCUGCGAAGCUUCGUGGAGAUUUGUCUUUUAUCUCAUUGCGUUCUCAGCUGGUCUCAUCUCCCUGAUUAAUACCUCAUGGUUUUGGGAUCAUCGGGAAUGCUGGCACGGAUACCCAAGACAGGCCGUAGCAGAAGCUCAGUACUGGUAUUACAUCAUGGAGUUGUCCUUCUACCUCUCGCUUCUGCUCUGCGUGUCUGUGGACAUAAAGCGCAAAGACUUCAAAGAGCAAAUCAUUCACCACAUCGCCACCAUUUUCCUCAUCGCAUUCUCGUACUGUGCGAAUUAUGUACGAGUGGGAACCCUGGUGAUGCUUGUCCACGACUCCUCGGACUUCCUGCUGGAGUCUGCCAAAAUGUUCAAUUACGCUGGAUGGAGGAAGACAUGCGAUGCCCUGUUUGUCAUUUUCGCCGCGGUUUUCCUGCUAACUCGCCUCGUGGUUUUCCCAUGCAGAGUUAUCUAUACAGCUGUGGUGGAUUCUUUGGACGUCUUUCUUCCGUACUCUGGUUAUUAUUUCUUAAACGGCCUAUUGCUGGUUCUUCAAGCACUGCACAUAUUCUGGGCUUGGUUGAUUCUUCGAAUGGUUCACAAAUUUGUCUUUUUAGGCAAAGUGGAACGCGAUGAACGGAGUGAUGAAGAGAGUGAGGUUGAUGAAGAUGAAGUUGGAGAAGAAGAGUGCAGUAGGGAGCAGAAAAAGGGUGCAUUUAACUCAAAAUUGGCAUCAUUGGCCAAUAACUGUGUUUUGAACAAUUUAACCAAUCAAAGACGAAAAAUGAAUAGCAGAAUGCCAAAAGCCAGAUAGUAAAGCUACUUUAUGUAUUUUUUGUGUUUAAACAUGUUAAAUCACCUCCACUCCUCUUGGCUUAUCUUGUUUGUCAAGGUCCACCUUUGAUUUGACAAUGUUUUGGUUGUGUGAUAUGGAGAACCUAAUGCACUGAUUGCGUAGAAUAAAUACUACUACUUGUUUGUAUUAUUACA